GAAUCGUAUUUUAAUUCUACUACUCAAUAUUAUUACUUGUUUAUUUUUGGAUUAAUUAGUAAAAAGAUGAUGAACAAGAACAAUUAUUUAUAAUCGUAUCUUAAUCAUAUUAUAAUUGUAUUUAUCAUACUUCUCUGUAAAAACAUGGCCUUUUAUCACAUUUGUUCUCUUUUCCUUAAUUUUCUUAUUUUAUAUUCUUGCUGUAUUAAUUGACGUUGUCAUUCUAAAUUUAGUUGAUCAAUUUCCUAAUGUAGCAGAUUAUUAUGCUCAUAAAUUCAUAAUACAGCUUGGAAAUAAGUUGCUGUGUUGUGUGUUGCAAAAAGCAAUUCUUCCCUAUUAUCAUCUACUCUGGACGCCAUUGCUCUCCGGAAAAGCUUGUCAAACCAUGAAAAUUACUACUAAAUCUACUCUCCUUCGUUCAUCUCCUCUCCAUUCUUCAGGAUUUGCAGCUAAUUUAUUCUUCUUUCUGCUAAUUCCUACCGUUUCUUCGCACAAAACCUUACUACAUUUCAUUAUUUCCUUUUCUUCAUUCAAUUUAGGGUUUACUCACUGAUAUUGAUGAACAUGAGGUUGCUUAUUCAAUUAUGCUUUAUUAUGCAACUCCAUUAAAAAUUAUAAAAAAUAUUUAGAAAAAAUUGUUUUUAGCAAGAUUCGAACAUAUGACUUAAGUAUCAAAACGGAAUACUUGGCCACCGGACAACACAAUAAAUAAAACUCAACUGAAUUGACACACUAUAAAUUUUUUCGACGUUCAAAUUUUAUUCAUCAAUACACAUUGAUUUACCAGUUGGCAGUUACAAUACAAUCCCGCUUUUCACAAUUUGCACCGGAUAUCACUGUAGUAAGCCGUUACCAUUGACGCCUCCGAAAAAGAAUCUCUGGCCUCUAUGCAAUGACCUACAAUUCACCGUUGCGCACUCAUAAAUAGGUUGUUACAGGAUGAGCAGGGUUCUUGCACUUGCUUAUUAUAUUUUGCUAUUUUUGCCUGAUUUCAUCCAAGGGGAAUCAGGGAUAAGAUUUACCAACAGGCUUGGGAAACCUCUGAUGGGAGAUGAUGGCAUAAUAUAUUCUUGUUCUGGGAAAUUUUUGUAUGCUUUCAAAAGUAAUGGAUCUAUGUUAUGGAAUGCACACUUGAAUUAUACAUGUAACGGUAAAAUUGCCCCAGUUUAUGGUGGUGAAGGCAGGGUGUAUAUCAUUGCAGAAAAUCAAGUUCUAAGUAUAAAUGUUCGGAGUCAUGGAACUUCACACCCAAUUGUUGUACUUUUUUGGGGUAAUGCAUCAACACAGGAAACAUCAAAAGAAGUUCUUGGACUUUCUACAAGUAUGUCCACAUCUUCUGUGUACAUAAACAUAAAAAAUGAAGGACUUUUUGCAUAUUCUAAUAGAGGGAAAUUGCGUUGGAAUGCUUUGCCGGUCUUAAACCAAUUUGGGUAUUCUCAAGGUUGUCAGAAAAAUGUCACUAACUGUUACUUCACUUCAUCUCCUAUCAUUGACAGUUGCGAGAACAGUGUAUAUAUUUCGAAUAACGAGGGAGAACUCUAUUCUAUCUCACAUCGUAGUCCUCGUUUCAAAUGGGUUCAGAAUCUGAGUUCAUUUGGCAAAAUAUUUAUUGCUACACCAGGGAACAAUGGCUUCUUGUAUGUUACAGUUUCUACUAAGGCCACUGUGCUUGGCCUAGAUGGUUCUACAGGCUAUAUUCUAUGGCAGAAGAGCAUUGGACCAUUAAGUUCUGAACUGCAUGCACCUGUGAUUGACUCUAAUGGGUGGUUAUCUAUUGGUUCACUUGAUGGAUUUCUCUACUCAUUAUCACCAGCAGGGAUCCUCAAGAAGUUCUCUAAAGCACGUCCAUUGAAUUCUGUUAUUCAAGUCAGUCCAGUUCUUGAUUGCUCUGGCUAUGCAGUUUAUAUUUCUCAGACCGAAAUGGAAGGAAAAACAAGUCGUGUGAUUGGUGAUUACACGUUCGUUUCAGCAAUGAAACCAAAGAGUGUGGUCUUUUGGCUGUUUGUUCCUGCCACUGAAACUUUAUAUUGGUCUGCAGUUUAUCCUGGUGAAUUUGCAUUCAAUUUGUCACAAAGUGACCUUAAGAAGUUUACUAUAGAUGAAGAGAUUUUCCUGGCUUUUAUCGCUGCAGCAAACAUUGGGAAUCCUCUUUCUUGUAGAACGUCUGAUCUGAAGCUUUCAUUCAGUUGCUCUGAGCCGCGGCCAAAGAGCAUCAGUGUUUAUACAGGUAAUGAAAGAACCAUACUGCUUUUUCUACUGUUUGAAACCAUAAUUUUGGUCGUCUUGGCCAUUGUUGUACGAUUCUGCUGGAUAUUCUGGGGCAAGCAAAAGGUCCAAAGUCAAGCUCUUGGGAGAUUUCUCGACAAACGACAUUCACUGAGGCUUAAAAAGAAAGAGUAUGAUAAGACAAUUUCCGAGCUAGAGCAGAAGGCAGCAAAGGAAGCAACAACAAGCAACAUUCUAGAAAACCUAACCAAGUUAGUAAAACAAAGAGAAGGCAUUGAAAGAAAACUGUCAACAACAUACAGUUUAGGCAGAGAUAAUAAUUACAACAUGAAUUCACAAUCAAAACAUGUACUUCCAGUCUAUGAUUCAAAAGCAAGGAGUUAUUCUGUUAGAGGUUUAAAGAGUGAAAGUGUCACAAUCUUUCAUUCAUAUAGCAGUUCUUCUUCUACAGAUUACGUCACUUCUUCAUCAGAAACUAACUCUGACCAAGAUUUUCAUGGACAAUUAGAGUUGUCUUCAAAAGGUAAAGCAAAGGGAAAAGAGAUAGAAAUAAUGGAAAUCAGCUCAAGUAAUGAAGAAGAAGAUUCUAAUUAUGAUCGGGAAGAGUUUAGUUCUUCUAGAACAAGUUCAGGGUUCAGUGAUUUUUCUGAUUCUUUACAGAAUGUUAGAAGUGUAGAUAAUGUUAAUAGUAGAAGGGCUUGGUUGUUUAGAAGGAGGAGGUCCUUAUCUCUAACUAAUUAGACAUUAAUUAACAAUUACCAUCUAAUUAAGCGAGGUUAAAGAGAUUUAUCCUGACUAAUUAGACGUUUUAUACUUGUUAUUAUAAGGAUAAGGCGACUUUUGUUUAAACUAGGUAGUUAAUUACACAUUAUGUUUUAUCGUGUUAUUAUAAGGGUAUGGUUUAGUAUAUAUGAUCUCUCAAAUUCGCCCAAUGAUUUAGGUGGAAUUGUGGAAGUCAUUUAAUAACAUCCAGAUGAUAGAAUGUUAAUGUAAAAUGUUGUUUUGUGCUCUUAUAUGUAAUACUAAUGUAAAUUACUGUCUUCAAGUUAAAAUAG